UCCAAAAGCAGGAAAGAGGCUCGGGUGCGUGCCGCCAGAAUGGAGUGGACCGAGAGUCGGAGAGACAGAAAGAGUUAGGGGCGGGGACCCCAGACUUGCAUUUGCGACCCGGUUUUGGCAGGGGAAGCAGAAUUCUGGCCUCGGGAGGCCUUGGGUGGAGCCCUGCCCAGGCCAGAUAGUAUGGGCGUGGCCCUUAUCUGCCCUCCGCAGAACCCGGUCCUCCGGCUUAGUUGCCCAUUAAUCAGCUUCCCAAUGGGCCGGACCGUGGUCGUGCUGGGCGGAGGCAUCAGCGGCUUGGCCGCCAGUUACCAUCUGAUCCGAGCCCCUUGUCCCCCUAAGGUGAUACUAGUGGAGGGCAGCAAGCGUUUAGGGGGCUGGAUCCGCUCAGUCCGAGGAUCAGAUGGUGCGAUCUUUGAACUUGGACCUCGUGGAAUCAGGCCUGCAGGAGCCUUGGGAGCCAGGACGCUGCUCUUGGUUUCCGAGCUUGGCUUGGAGCCAGAAGUGCUGCCUGUCCGGGGAGACCACCCGGCUGCCCAGAACAGGUUCCUGUAUGUAGGCGGUGCGCUACACCCCCUACCCUCUGGCCUCAGGGGGCUACUCCGCCCUUCACCCCCCUUCUCCAAACCUCUGUUUUGGGCUGGGCUGAGGGAGUUGAUGAAAUCCAGGGGCAAAGAGCCUGAUGAGACUGUGCACAGUUUUGCCCAGCGGCGCCUUGGACCUGAGGUGGCAUCUCUAGCUAUGGACAGUCUUUGCCGUGGAGUGUUUGCAGGCAACAGCCGGGAGCUCAGUAUCCGAUCCUGCUUUCCCAGUCUCUUUCAAGCUGAGCAAACCCAUCGUUCCAUAUUACUGGGGCUGCUGCUGGGGGCAGGGCGGAGUCCACAGCCAGACUCCUCACUUAUUCGUCAGGCCCGAGCUGAGCGAUGGAGCCAGUGGUCACUCCGUGGAGGGAUGGAGAUGUUGCCCCAGGCCCUUCACACCCACCUGAUUAGUAAAGGAGUCACUGUUCUCAGAGGUCAGCCGGUCUGUGGGCUCAGCCUCCAACCAGAAGGGCGCUGGAAGGUGUCUCUAGGAGACAGCAGUCUGGAGGCUGACCACAUUAUUAGUGCCAUUCCAGCUUCAGUGCUUAGCAAGCUGCUCCCUGCUGAGGCUGCACCUCUGGCUCAUGUCCUGAGUACCAUCACUGCCGUGUCUGUAGCUGUGGUGAACCUGCAGUACCGAGGAGCUCGUCUGCCUGUCCAGGGAUUUGGACAUUUGGUGCCAUCCUCAGAAGACCCAAGUGUCCUGGGAAUUGUGUAUGACUCAGUUGCUUUUCCUGAGCAGGAUGGGAAUGCCCCAGGCCUCAGAGUAACUGUGAUGUUGGGAGGCUCCUGGCUACAAAUGCUAGAAGCUAGUAGCCAUGAAUUGUCUCAAGAGCUGUUCCAACAGCAGGCACAGGAAGCAGUUGCCACACAAUUAGGACUGAAGGAGAAACCAAGUCAUUGCUUGGUCCAUUUACAUAAGAACUGCAUCCCUCAGUAUACACUAGGCCACUGGCAAAAACUAGAGUCAGCUAUGCAAUUCCUGACUGCUCAAAGGUUGCCGCUGACUUUGGCUGGUGCCUCUUAUGAGGGGGUCGCUGUCAAUGACUGUAUAGAGAGUGGGCGCCAGGCAGCAGUCACUGUCCUGGGCACAGAACCUAACAGCUGAUCCCCAUGUCCCACUCAUGAAAUAAAAGUUGCCAGAGCUUA